AAGCAGAAGAAGAGCUGGUGGCUCACCAAGCAGCGACUGUCUUAGCGGCGCUCUCUCGCAGUCUGUCCGAAUGAGACGGUGCUGAUUUCGGCUUUACAAUGAUGACAUUUCUCCCUAAACUCCUCCUGUUGGUGUUACUGGCCUUCCCGGCACACAUAGUCACCAGGGGACAGCUGGCCAGUGCUCAGGAUCUGACUGAGGAUGAGGAGGUGGAGGCGGUGGAGGACGACGUCGUGGAUGAUGCGACUGCAGAGGAUGAGGAUGACGAAGCUGAAGUAGAAGACGACGAGAACACUGAACUCACAGAAGAAAAGGAGGAUGAAGAGGAGGAGCCGUCGGUCGGCGAGGUGACGGCGUCUCCCAACGGCGACACCACCAUCCUCUUUGUCAAGGGAGAAGACUUCCCAGCCAACAACAUAGUCAAGUUCCUACUGGGUUUCACCAACAAAGGAUCCGAGAACUUCGUGGUGGACUCUCUGGAUGCUUCUUUCCGCUACCCUCAGGACUACCAGUUCUACAUCCAGAACUUCACGGCGCUCCAGCUGGACACUGUGGUCCCCCCCAGCAGACAGGCCACCUUUGAGUACUCAUUCAUCCCGGCAGAGCCCAUGGGGGGGCGGCCCUUUGGAUUGGUCAUCAACCUCAACUACAAGGACAGCAAUGGGAACGUCUUCCAGGAUGCCGUGUUCAACCAGACGGUCACCAUCACCGAGAAGGAGGAUGGACUGGAUGGAGAGACCAUCUUCAUGUACAUCUUCCUGUCUGGUCUCGGCCUGCUCGUCAUUGUCGGCCUUCAUCAGCUGCUUGAGUCCAGGAAGAGGAGGCGUCCUGCUGCCAAAGUAGAAAUGGGAACAUCAAGUCACAACGACGUGGACCUCAGCUGGAUCCCUCAAGAAACUCUAAACCAAAUCAACAAAGCGUCGCCCAGAAGGUCUCCGCGCAAACGCAACCAGAAACGCUCAGCGGGGUCGGACGAGUGACGGAAAAGACGACGACUGCCAACGCCUCCCUGACAUUAUGGCGGCCUUGUAUUUUUUUUUUUUUUUUUGAGAACUUGAAACAUGCUGAAAUGUUCAGCACACACACACGAUUGAAAGAGGACAGUUGUGUUGUCACUGAUGUUUAUCUGCUGAUGCCGCUGUAACGUGGAGCUCCCCCACUAUGACGGUAAAUAAAUGCACUCGUUUUUUUAUUUUUUUUUUCUUGUCCGUUUUGUGUCAACGCCAGCGUGUGACGCACUGAUAGCUUAAAAACAAAGUGAAAGUGAUGUCAUGUUCACUUUUACUCUUGUUUACUGCAAAACUCUGCACCUGGCAACAUCAUGGAUGGAGCAAAACGUCGCCUAAUUUAUUUUGUAGGGUUUUGUUUUUUUUUUGUGGUGGAAGGGGGUGGAAUGUUUCUAUUUUUUUACCACUAGGGGACGACACUGCAGGCUUCCGGUCAUUUGUAAACAAAACAAAAAGCAGCAGAGGUGAAUGUCUUGUCAAGGGCUGCCAUUCAUGACUUUUAUUUUGCUUUUUACAGUCCAGGAAAUAAACUUUUCUUUGCUCCUA